CCUCUGUCUGACAGCUGCAUUUUACGCCUACAGCCAUAAUAUGAGCAUACACCACGUGUCAUCCGGGCAUCCGCACCGCAUCUAACCCAGCAGUCAGCAGCCACCGACCAACACGCGACGAACGAGACCCAAGACGCUCACGAUCCCCGAAUUCCCCCAGCCUCCUCCCUUCUCAGUCCCGAAAUCAAGCCAUACCCAAUUUCAACAUCAUUCAAGCACUCGAAAACAAUGCCCGUCUACAUGGUCUACGGCUUCCGCUGGCCGCGCGCCGGCUUCACAGGCAUCCGCGUCUACAUCGUCCUGCACAACCUCGAAGACGCAACCGCCGAAUACCUCCAGCAGCCCAUCACCACCCAGCUGCUGCUCGAGUCGUUCGCCAAAACCGAACCCGGCAUCGUGUCGCGACUGCCUGAGCUGCGUUUCAUCGAACAGUACGACCCCGAAGAUACGAGCCACACCGCCGUCAGCAAGGAUUUCGCCUACGUCGCGGGCCGUUGUCUCGCGCUGGGAGAGCCCGGGGCGCCCGCGCCGGGCCUGAGCUGGAGCGCCGACGAGAUCGCAUCCCUGGACUCUGGGCUCGAUGACGAGGCUAUGGCCGCGUUGACGGAGAUGCGCGAUAAGUAUGCGGCCGGCGAGAAAAUCGGGUGGUGGAUUGUGUAUAACGGGGAUCCGGAGCGGUAUUUCCCUGAGUAUGAGGAAGACGAUGAUAGUGUGUUGGAUGAGGAGGACGAUGAGUAUCUGGAUGAGGGGGAGGAGAAUGAGGGCGAGCCGCAGACGCCGCAGACUCCGCAAACUCCGCAGACUCCUACGGCUCAGCUGUCGGGCAAACUGGCCCGGUUCUUCACCAAAAAGGCCGCCUGAGGGCCUGCUUUUGCUCCCACGUCGAGAUGCGAUGUACAAGGAUGUCUUAGCGCUAUUUUGUCAUAAUAGGAAUUUCAUGGCGUUUGGGUUGAUUUCGUAUGUCGGUCGUUGUCUGCUGAACCAAUCCCCCGUUACGAGGUGGCGCCGUACCCCUUCUGCCAACUAGCUUCGAAGGUGGCCGCAUCCACAGCAAACUCACGGAUGUAGUCCUUCUCCAGAUCGUGCGCCUUCCGACCCAGGAGGACGAGACUGUGAAGUGGACGACCCAUGUCCACCUCCGCCAAUUCCUUCAGCGUCCC